AUGGAUUCAGAAACCAAUGUGAACGAAAUUGAUACAGAAGUUUUGGAAUCCAUUCCCCUUUCCGACGCACCUGAGCUUGAAUCUGCGGAAACACCGACGAAAAUCGACUUAAAGGAGGGAGUUGAAACCAAUGUUCUUGAGAAGGGCAAGAGAAUUGUGGUUACUUUGCUUGAAAACGUUUUUGUGAUCAAAUGGGUUGUUGAGCAUCAGUGGAAACGAUAUUGUUGCGGUGGGGAAUCCGAGAGAACUAGAGCUUAUCAUGUUUGGCCCGGAAACAAUGUGUUUUUCUUCGAAGGACGAUUAAUCUGUGGCCCAGAUCCAAGAGGAUUACUCUUGACUGCUGUUCUUGUCAACUUGAUCUUGGUUAGUAUGAUCGAUCCCGGAAUUAUUCCCAGAAAUGAUCAAUCAUCUCAUGAAUUUGGUAGCAACGGUAGAACCAAAAAGAGGAAGGUAACUGUCAAUGGGGUAGAAGUAAAAUUGAAGUAUUGUCGAAUUUGUAACAUUUACCGUUCACCUAGGAGCUGCCAUUGUGCUGUCUGUGACAAUUGCGUCGAGAAAUUCGAUCACCACUGCCCGUGGAUCGGUCAAUGCAUUGGUCUGCGGAAUUAUAGAUUUUACUUGGCAUUUCUAGUCACGACCUUGGUGUUCUUUGCCUAUGUAUUUGCUUGUUCCUGCUGGAGAUUCCACCUAAUAACGUCACGAAGUGGCACUACUGGGUUGUUUGCCAUGCUAAGGAACUGUCCCGAAGCAGUGGCGUUGGCAUCAUUUAGUCUUGCUGCCGUUGGGUUUGUUGGUGGCCUCGCUUGUUACCAUGGCCAUCUAAUUGCUAUAAAUCAGACAGCUUAUGAAAAUUUUCAGCAACGCUAUGUGGGCUCUAGAAACCCAUAUGACAAUGGAUUUAUAAGUAAUGUCAAGGAGGUUUUACUUGUGCCAAUGCCACCUUCUAGAGUUGAUUUCCGAGCAGAAGUAACACAAAAUCGUUUGAACUCUGUAAUAGUGGUGUAA